GACCUAAUAUCAUAAAUGAAAAUAAAAUUCGUAUAUUAAGUUAAGGGCGAGGAACAUUUCAUUGCAUAAAAUUCAAAGUUCCUCUGAGAAAACUACUUGCUGCAUGAUUUUGUUUGCCCCAUCAGAUAGAUCUAGUAGCCUUUUCAAAAGUAAAAUACAAAAUUCUACAGUAUUGUCACUGAUCCUGAGAGUUUCAGAAACCAUUUUCUGUUAUUGGAUUAAACUAAACAAUCUAGAGAUGGGAGAUAGACACAUUAGAUUAAAGAAGUGUCCUUGUCCAUUAUCCAAUAGAGCGCCACCAAACAGCUGAGAAGUUGAGUCCAACCAAACACACAACAACGUUAUACCUCAGCCACCAUUCAAAUCUAAUACCCUCAAAUUCUCGUUCUCUCUCUUUUGGUCGAUAAUCGUGUGUGAUGGGUAGUAGCGGCGAGGAUCCCAACUACAAACCCGAUUCUCUAUACGAGUCUGCAGCAACACACCCCUUUCUAACGAAACCCCAAUUCCCAUCUUCUUCUUCGUCUCCUCCAAUCGAAGAAGAUGGUUCCCAAGAAUCGGAGUCAAACCAGCAAUACCUUCACAUCACAUACAAUCACGGGCCUCGCUCCUUCAAGGACCUUCCUUUGCUCAUCCUCUUUCUCAUCUUCAUCCUCUCCACCUUCGCUUUCGGCAUCUUCGCAAUCUUCAACAGAAACACUAACUACUCCUCUCUCUCAUCCUUCACCUACGACCCCAACACCACCUCUUGCAUCAACCCUUCUGCCCUUUCCACGUCAUCAUUCACCAUCGAUUCCUCUUCGCAUUUUGUGAAGGGUUUGACAUGGACCCUCGUCAUCACCUUCAUUCUCAGCAUCCCCAUGUGUUGGGCUCUGCUUCUCUUACUCAAGCAUUAUACCAAACACAUUGUCUACGCCUCCCUUCCCUUCUUCAUCGCCAUACCCAUCUUCCUCAACGUCUACUGGUUCGUCGCCUGCACCGUAAACGCUUCGUGUAGCAACGCGUUCCCACUCGCCUACCGGAUUCUGGUGAUGGUGUUCGUGUUCUUGGUGAUAGGGGUGAUCGUGUGGAUCUUGGUGGUGAAUUGGCAUCGCGUAGAGCUCACGGUGAGCAUAAUUGGGGUGGCUUCCGACGCGCUCUCGUGGAACCUGGGGUUGUUUGGGGUGCUGCCAUGUUUGACCGUUGGGUUGGUGGUUUAUUACGUGCCAAUAGUGGUUUUCAUGGUAUUUUCGAGGUUUAAUGGGAAGAUUGUGGCAAAGAAUUUGAAGGGUAAAUAUGAAUAUGGUUGUGUUUGGAAGGAGGACUCGUGGGUACCCGCUUAUUUUGCAUUGGCAAUUCUCACCAUGCUUUGGUCUGCAGCAGCCAUGCUUGAAGCACAAGUUUAUGUCAUCAGUGGGACUAUAGCCAAUUGGUAUUUCUCCAAGGACUAUCAAACUCCCCAGCGGAGUAUUAGAACUUCUCUCAGAAAUGCUUUUGGUCCUUCUUCUGGCACGAUAUGUUUGUCAGGAUUGCUUAUCUUUGUUGUUCGAGUGGUGCGUUCUGCGGUUGAUAGUGCUAGACAAGAGGAUGCUCCUGGGAUAGUUAACCUUGUAUUGCGGUGCUGUGUAAAUGCUUUAUUGACAGCAGUUGACUUUCUUAACAAGUUUACCAUAAACUUUGCUGCUAUAACUGGUGAAGCCUACUGCUCAUCUGCAAGGAUGACAUAUGAACUUCUAAGACGUAAUCUACUCUCUGCUGUUUUUGUGGAGACCAUCUCAUCCCGCCUCCUGGCUGGAAUUGUCUUUGUCCUCUCUGCAAUAUACACAAUUUUGGCCUGUGUUAUCUUAAAGGCUGGUACCAAUCUUGGAGCUGAUUCAUAUUUUGUAGCUGCCAUGGCAUGGGUGCUUCUCAUAGUAGUGCUGGGUUACCUGGUGCAUGUGCUAGACAAUGUCAUUGACACAGUCUAUGUCUGCUAUGCGAUAGACAGGGAUAGAGGAGAGGUUUGUAAACAAGACGUCCAUGAGGUGUACGUUCACCUACCCAUUAGUAGAAGUCUCAGACAACCUGUUAUUACAAGAACUCUAGGUGUGUAAAUAAUUCUUGGGAUUCAAACCUGGGAUUGUUUUUUUUGUGGACAGUGUGGAGUUAGAUUUGUCUGUCAGCUUAUUGUGCAUACUUUUGAAUGCUGCUGCUAUAAAUUUUUGUUUUCUAAUUUACAGAGGGUAAUUUUAGUUAAUCUAAAAGUUGACUUCAGUUUAACCUUAAUCAUGUAAUUUUGUUUGGGGUGAAGAGGCAAAAGUUUACACUGUUAAUAAAAAAAUUGUUGAG